UGCCUUGCACUAAUCAGUCUGAGACUAUAAUCAAAUAUAGUAGUAUCACAUCUCGGAGAACUACUUUAGUUGUCGUAUCACUCUAUACGCUAAUGGAAGGCACUAACACCAGGGUACCGUCGCGAUGCGUAUGCGAAUGACGGACACGCUCACAGCAUAUGGGCCUACGUAACGACAGCCGUCUUCUAGGGACGCGGUAUCAGAUAUGAGAUUGCAUAUUCGAUUCCAACCUGCAUUAUGAGACCGCUCGGAAGUUCGGCGGGCUGUCAACGCCUGGCCAAGCAAUUGCUGGGCACUCACGCGUCAGCGCUCACAACGCGUUACAACAGCUCUUGCUCUACCGUGAGCUAUCACGAGAGUAACGAAUGCCACGCUCUUUGCAGAGUAUCCGAAGAGGAUGGAUUCUCCUACCCCUCGGUAGACGGCCCGCCCCCUUGCGUGCAUUACCACUCCUCCAACAGCCACGAAACGAUGGCAAGCCUCAACGCCCGCCCGUAUCGAAAACACGCGAUGAUAGUGAGCAAGAGCGAAGCAAAUUCGCGCGAAGCAUUUUAGAAGGCAGCACUGUAGCUCUUAUAUCGCUCUUUGGUCUUGGGCUUGGCGGCUACGCUUACAGCCUAUUUUACAAACGGACUGUCAGAAACAAGAUAGAAAAUGCCUUCGCCACGGGCUAUAGCUCGCAAGAGCGUGUCGCGCUAGGUCGAAUCUCGUAUGGUACUGACCCGGAUAAAAUACAAGAGAUCGUAGAGAGAGAAUACUGGGUGCCCAGAGCCGAACAAGAUGAGGUCAACGAUAUCGUUAGUGGUAAGACAAGAGGCCGAUAUCAUCUCAUCAUUGGUGAGAGAGGAACUGGCAAGCGAGCCUUGCUCCUGGAAGCUAUGCGGAAGGUCAAUGGCGAUGGCAUUGCCAUGCUGGAAGCGCACAAUGAUCUAGAAGUGUUCCGGACCCGGUUGGGCAAGUCAAUCGAUUAUGAGUUCCAUGAGGACUACAUCGGCGGUCUUUUCAGUAUCAGAGGUCCGCGAGAUAGCACGCCGCUGCUAGAUAUCGAGAGAGCGUUGAAUCAGUUGGAGAAGGUGGCAUUGAAGAUGAGAAAGAGACGAGGCAAACCUCUCCUGAUGAUCAUCAACAAUAUUCACCUUUUCAAGGAUGACGAAGCUGGAAAACACUUGCUAGAAAUCUUGCAACAGCGAGCGGAGAUCUGGGCAGGCAACGAGCUUGUAACAACGGUCUUUACAUCUGACGAGUAUUGGACGCUAGAGCGAUUGACACCGCAUGCGACCAACAUGUAUGUCAUGAAUAUCAGGGACGUUCGCAAAGUUAUGGUUACCUCAGCACUGAAAAAAUAUCGUGCUCGAUACCACAACGAAGACGUAUCUCAGACUAUCUUAGACGAGGUUUUCGCAAAAGUCGGCGGACGCUUGAUAUUCUUGAACCAAGUUGCAAAGUCGAAAGACAUGUUCGAUACCUGCAAGCAAAUUAACCGACGAGAGAAGUCUUGGUUUCUCAACAACUGCUGGAUUCUGGGUGACUCGAUGGACGACGAUGUUGAAGAGCAACAGAAAUAUUGUGCUGCCGCCAUCAUCCUGGCGCGUGCCCUCGUUCUCCGCGAAGACAAUUCUUCCUCUCAGCCCCAGUUCACACUCCCCGAGAUACCGCUACAUGAAGCUCGCCAAAUCAUUACACGCGCCGACUUUGUACACCCCUUCGACCACAUCAACGUUCUCCAUAUCGACGCUCACGGUAUGGUGAGGGCUGACUCCGUACCAAUGCAGAACGCUUUUCGAGAGAUUGUGCAGGAGGAGGGGUUCGAAGAGCAUUUGAAGGCUACGCUGAAUAGGCUGGAUGAGCUGGAGAGUCUGGCGAGGACGAGGGAGGUUGCGUACAGAGAGGUGCCGGAUCGGAGUGGCGGGAUCGUACCGGUGCAGACGUAUUGCGCGAAGAUCUAAACGGCUUGAGCACCUGGCAGGUAUGCAAGGUACUUCCUUGAGUGUAGUGCAAACGAUAUUGCCAGACUUUCCAUUCGUUUUUGAACUAGUUUUUAGGUCAAGGAUGGGGAUCAAGGUAGUCGAAUCAAAGAAUCAGCAUCAACUGUGGGUGCAAGCCCUCCAGUCCGCGUGUAUGAGGUAGUUUGAUGGCGACAAGACAGAUCUGCAGGUGACCACAAAAGACUAUAUAAAUGCAGUAAACGAUAUUAAUCCUGACUGUCUUAAAUUGUGAGCAAAGAUGUUCUAGUAAGGAGUUACAUUUAGUUUGGGUCCGUAAUUACGAACUGCCAACACCAUUUCAAACCGAAAUCCACCUCGCCUGAGUUUACGAACUUCCCAUUUCUAGCAGGGCCGAAAAACC